GAAGCGUCAGGCCAUCUCAUCAGCUACUUGCAUAACUAGCGCGGAGCGGACAUUAUCUCUUUGAGAGCACACAAAAGAGAUGGAGUUUCUCUGCCUUCUGGCAUUUAGUCUCUUCAAUAAAGUUUGAAAAUUGAGCAAUUUAUACUCUACCUUGCAUUCUAGCAAGAGGCAUCUUCUGAAAAUGAAGCCCGCUUCGCUCAUUACCCUCGUUUAUGGCACUCUCGUCUCUGGUCAAGCAACGUAUCCCAAUAUUUCAGCAAAAUUCCUUCACACAUUGGAACCUAUUACUGCCCUUCCAGGAGGCUUCCCGUGGGGAACCAGAACCGCGAGUAUUACAAAUCCUUAUGUUGACUCUCCAAAUACCGGUGUGCUACGAAAAUAUGACCUUACCGUCGGUAGAGGCACGGCGGCUCCUGAUGGAUACUUGAAAAAUUCUCUCCUCAUCAACGGACAAUUUCCUGGGCCUCUGCUUGAAGCGAACUGGGGAGACACAAUUCAAGUCACUCUUCACAACCAAAUCACCGGACCGCAAGAAGGAGUUGCUCUUCAUUGGCACGGGAUUUUGCAGAAAAGCACCCCGUGGAUGGAUGGCGUUCCCGCCAUUUCGCAAUGUCCUAUUCCUUAUGGACAAAGUUUUACAUAUUCGUUCAUCGCUGAUCUAUACGGAAGUUCUUGGUACCACUCUCAUUAUUCUGCCCAGUAUUCUGGAGGACUUUUUGGACCUAUGAUUAUUCAUGGACCUCCGACUCUCCCUUACGAUAUUGAUGUUGGACCGAUUCUGGUGACUGAUUAUUACCAUCGGGAUUAUUUGACGGUAUUGAGGGAUGUAAUGGGCACCGUCCCAGCCAAAGUACCUGCAUUCUCCGACAACAAUUUGAUUAAUGGCCGCAAUAACUUCGAUUGCUCCAAGGUUGCUGCUGGAGAUACCACGCCAUGUGUGAGCAAUGCUGGCCUUAGCAGCUUCAAGUUCACCCCUGGCAAAACCCACCUACUUCGCUUGAUAAAUGCUGGAUCAGAGGGCAUGCAAAAGUUCAGCCUCGACGACCACAACAUGACUGUCAUUGCCAACGACUUUGUGCCAAUUAUUCCAUAUACAACCCAAGUUGUCACAUUGGGCAUUGCCCAACGGACUGACGUUCUCAUCUACGCUCCCGCAAACGCUGUGGGCUCGUACACCAUGCGGUCCUCAAUUGCAGGAUACCCUUGUUCCUUUGCUCACCAACCAGAUGCUACAGCAAUUGUUUACUACGGCACAUCGCCAGGAACAUCUACAUCUACCCCUUGGCCAGCGUGGGUCGACUCCAUUGCAAAUUCAUGCCAGAACGACCCAGUCAACCAGACUGUUCCGUGGUUUCCUAUCACCCCCGAUCCAGCACCUCCGGUCACGCAACUAGUCACCAUUGGCCUCACCACGAAUUCUUCUGGUCACACGAUCUGGACAAUGAACAACGUAGCUUUCCGCGGUGAUUACAACGCGCCAAUUCUUCUGCUUUCGAAUAGCGGAAACAAUUCUUACCCAUUUGACCCCGAAUGGAACGUCUACAACUUUGGCUCCAGCUCUUCCGUCCGCUUCGUAAUCAACAACCCUACCGGCUUCCCACACCCCAUCCACUUACACGGCCAUAACUUCUUCGUCCUAGCAGCCGGCGCUCCAGGCGACGGCAAUUUUCCUGACGGAGCCCUCACCAACCCCAAGAAUCCCCAACGUCGCGACGUCCAAGUCGUCCCGCCUAACUCCUACAUUGUCAUCCAACUUACAUCUGACAACCCGGGAGCCUGGCCACUUCAUUGCCAUAUCGCCUGGCAUGUGUCUGCUGGGCUGUAUCUCACGGUCUUGGAACGUCCGGCUGAUAUCAAGAACUUGAAGAUUCCGAGUAUCAUGGCGCAGACAUGUAGAGAGUGGUCGGCGUUUACUAACACGACUAUCCCGGAUCAGAUUGAUUCCGGGUUGUGAUUUGGGAACAAUUUUAGACGAGUUAGCUUCUGGAUAUCUCUGGUAAUUAUGGAUUGUUGUCAGUCUCAGAGGAAAAGAAGCUUAAUCGGGGGUGACCUGUGUUUGGAAAAGUUUGCCCCGCUGACUUUUUCUUCAUUUCUUCGCGCGAGGCUCUUUGUUCCGUUUUAACUUUUCCAUUUUCUGCAACACAUACACUCUCAGCGUUAUUCGUGUAGAUUUUCAAGAAUCAUUACACUCGGCAUAAGGGCCGUUUCUUUCCUGUAUACUUAUCUCAAAGCUUAC